GGGCAUUCCUAGUGCCAUGAUCAAGCUGCGUCAACCAUGAAAGAGAAAAUCAGCAUACAGUUAAACAAAUGAUAGUGUCGCAACACGAGGAAACCAGAGUUUCCUCAUUUUUUUAUUAGGAGUUGGAGGGCCAUUGAAAUAUAUAUUUUUUAUAUUCGGAAGCUCGUAUUUCCGACAUAUCAUGAACGCUGUUUCAUCGUAAUAAUGACUCUUCUACCGCUUGCAUUUAUCAGACCACCGACGUCACCGUCGCGUCAAACACCGGUAGAUGCGAAUUGCAAACGUACAACCAGAAUCUCAAACCCAUCGGUCGCAGGUUCCUAUUAUGCCUUCCCGGUCUUGGUUUAUCGCUGGUAGCGCUCUCCUCCUCUCUUUUCGGCUGGCAUUCGGGACGAAGGGACCACAUCCAUGCACAGAGACAGACUACUACUAUGAAUAUACAGAGUGUGACAGUACAGGGUCGCGAUGGCGAGUAGCAAUCCCUCAGAGCCAUGGAUCCUGCAUCGGACUGCCCGAGCCUGUACGAGGGACAGAGUGCACAUUUUCCUGUGAGGCGGGGGAGUUUCUGGAGAUGUCUGCCCAGGAGUGUACUCAGUGUGCAGCAGGUACCUACUCUCUGGGCAGCGGUAUUCGAUUUGAUGACUGGGAAACCAUCCCCAGCGGGUUCAGCUCCCUAGCAACUUACCUUGACAAUGGUCCCCAUGGAGACGACAGCAGUACCUGCAACAGUUCGACGUGGUUUCCGCAGGGUAGUUACCUGGAGUCUAACAGAGAUGAGUGUACUGUCUCUCUGAUCUAUGCUGUCCAUCUGAAGAAACCGGGAUCAGUCUCCUUUGACUACCAGUACCCAGACGGCAACCUCUUCUUUGAGUUCUUUAUCCAGAAUGACCAGUGUCAGGAGAUGGACCAGACUGCUGAUAAGAAGUGGCUCAAGCUUACCAGUCACGGGGAGUGGGCCACACACACUGUGAAUCUGAAGUCUGGCACUAACAUCUUGUACUGGAGGACAGCAGGGAUCCUGAUUGGAGCUAAAGUAGUCAAACCUGUUCUGCUGAAGAACGUCCACAUAGAGGGAGUGGCGUAUGCGUCAGAGUGUUUCCCGUGUAAACCAGGGACGUUCAGCCAAACCCCAGGCUCCUCCUCAUGUCAGCCCUGUCCCAGAGACACCCACUCUGGCCACGGAGCCAGCUCCUGUACCCCCUGCAACACCACAACACUCUAUGCACCGGAGGGGUCAGCUGAGUGCAAAGCGAGACCACCAUGCUCCAAGAAGGAUUACUUUCAGAUCCACACCCCCUGUGACCUUGAGGGCAAGACACAGGUGACCUACAGGUGGGUGGAGCCUCAGAUCUGUCUGGUGGACGUGGCCGGGGCUGAAACACUGCCCCCCUCUGGUGACCGUGAGCCCUGCCCACCGUGCAACCCUGGUUUCUAUAACAACGACACUGCUACCUGCUCUCCCUGCCCCCCCGGGACAUUCUCUGAUGGGGUCAAAGCGUGUGAGUCGUGUCCUGCGGGUACUGAGCCUGCUGUAGGUUAUCAGUAUAAGUGGUGGAACGUCCUUCCAGCCAGCAUGAAGACAUCCUGCUUCAAUGUGGGCAACUCCAAGUGUGACGGCAUGAAUGGUUGGGAGGUGGCGGGGGAUCAUAUCCGUAGUGGAGCAGGGGGCUCUGAUAACGACUACCUCAUCCUCAACCUCCAUGUACCUGGCUUUAAGCCUCCUACAUCAGCAACAGGUGGUGCGGGGACAGAGUUUGGCCGUAUCAGCUUUGAGUUUGAGAUGGUGUGUUCAGCUGACUGUGAGCUGUACUUUAUGAUGGAUGUAAACAGGAAGAGUACAAGGGUGGUGGCGUCAUGGGAGGGCAGUAAGGUCAGACAGUCCUACACACACAUUAUGACCAAGAACGCCUCUGUGUCAUACACCUGGGCCUUCCAGAGGACCAACCAGGCCUCUGACGUGCGUCAGAAUGUGAACAACGUGGCAAGUAUCUACUCCAUCUCAGUGAGUAAUGCUGUAGACGGUGUGUCGUCGGAGUGUCAGACCUGUGCCCUCCUCUCCCAGCCCUCCGGCUCGCUGUGUGUGCCCUGCCCUCCAGGACAUUACAUACACACCAGCCAGUGCACCGAGUGCCCUCCCAACACACACCUCACCUCACACAGCACCCUGGGCCCAGAGGCCUGCAAACCCUGUGGACCAUCCAGCAAGAGCAACAAGGAGCACAGCAGGUGCUACAGUGACUGUGUAUUCUCCUACUCUGAGAACAACGUGUCUCUGAGUUUUGACUACAGUUCCCUGGGCUCUGUUGGAACACUGAUGAACGGACCCAGUUUUACCACCAAAGGAACCAAAUACUACCACCUUUUCAACAUCAGCCUCUGUGGAGGAGAGGGUAGAAGGGCUGUGUGUACAGACAACGUGACUGACCUUUCCAGCGCCGAUUCUCAGAAAGAGACAGGGGAACCAGCCAAUGCGGUGGAGACAUUAAUCUGUCAAUCAACCAUUAUCCCCUCCAGUGGGCGGGGCUUCCACACAGCACUAUCCUCUCAGUCCAUCAGCCUAGCAGACACCUUUCUGGGAGCGACAGUGGCCUUGACUCUGGAUGGAGUCAAGGCAAGACCAGACCUGUUCCCACAGACCACCAACAAAGUCCCUGACGUCAACUUCUUCUACCGUUCUCUGGAGGUGACCUCGUCAUGUGAUAAAGGUCGUAACGUGGUGGUGACGCUUCGCUGUAACCCGGAUAGAGGCACACAAGGAGAACUCACAGUACCCAGUCAGUGUCCGGCGGGGACGUGUGAUGGCUGUACCUUCCACUUCCUGUGGGAGAGCUCAGGGGCGUGUCCUCAGUGCACAUCCACAAACUACCACCAGAUAGAGGGAGCCUGCAAGGGAGGACUACAGGACACUCUGUAUGUGUGGACUGAGCCAAAGCGGUGUGUAGGAGGGGUGUCCCUCCCGGAGAAGAAGACCUGGCCGUGUGAGAGCAUGGACUUCUUGGUAAAGAUGGGGGCGACGAUAGGCGCCUUCACCGCCGCACUGCUUUUCUCCAUCACCUGCUAUUUCUGGAAGAAGAACAAGAGGCUGGAGUUUAAGUACUCGAAGCUGGUAAUGUCGUCCAAUAAGGAGUGUGAACUGCCGGGGGCGGAUAGCUGUGCCGUGAUGGAGGGAGAGGAGAAUGAGGGAGAGAUGGAGGAUGAGGUGGUCUACUCCAAAAAAACAUCCCUGAUACGCAAACUCAAAGCCAUCGCAUCUAGGGGAAACGGGAGAAGCUAUGAAAAUGUCCAGUUGAACUCCUCACAGUCAAACGGGUUGGUGUGGGGGUGAAGAAAGAGGAAAGAGAACAAGGAGAGAGACCAACCACCCCCCCAGAGAGACUUCUUCAACAUAUCUCCAUGUUGAGGGCUUGAACCCUUAACACACACACUCAGAACAUAUAUAGACACAUGCAGAGUACACACACCCAGAAUGCAUGCUCACUGACACAAACACAUGUGAGAGGACAUUACCCCCAUCUGGCCUUAUCCCUGGAAUGGUGUGUGUGUGUGGGUGGAUUGCUGGAAUAUGGGUGGUGUGAUUUUAAAAGGGUGUAUAUGGGUGGUGUGUCGGGUCUGCUUAGGUAAAGAAGAGGACCUAUAUGUGGGAUGUUUUUUGUGCUGUUUUCCGUCACUCUGUUGUCAGGUUGCUUUGGUGGCCAUGUUGUUUUCCCUCAGGUGUUUUGUCCUCUGAGACCAACCUCACAUCAAUCCUUAGGCUCCUUCUCAAUAAGAGGGAAGAUACGGUGUUCCAUAGUGCCCUCUGAAAGGCUGGGUGGGAUCUUUGCAUGUUGGCACCUGUCCAAUCCUUUGAGAUCUACAGAAGUCCACACAUAGCCCUAAAUACCCGGCACACACUCACACACACACCCUAUUACAGUCUCAUCUUAGUCUGACCUGCACCACCCUUUACCCAUUUGUUCUGUCUGUAGGCUUUGGGUUACCAUGGUGAUGGUGGAAUGUCCUUCACGCUCUCUUAGUCCAAUCGGGAGUGGCGAUGUUACAUUAUCCAUAUGAUGAUACGAUAUGAUGCUGACUGCCUUUCUGUUAUUUAAAGUGAAAUAAACUAUAUUGUAUUUGUGUA